AUGUGGUCACCACACCCACACCCACACCUCAAAUUCGCCAUUCUACUUCUUCUUCUUCUUCUAUCUUUCUUCACAACACUCUCUCAUGGAGCACCAUCUCCCCCAAACCCUAGGCUCCAAAAUGCUUAUUUUGCUCUUCAAGCAUGGAAACAUUCCAUAACCUCCGACCCUCGAGGUUUCACUUCCAAUUGGUAUGGCCCUAACGUGUGUAACUACACUGGGGUCUUCUGUGCACCUUCUUUAGAUGAUUCACAUAUCACCACAGUCGCUGGAAUCGACCUCAAUCAUGCAAACAUCUCUGGUUCUCUUCCGGAAGAACUAGGGUACUUACUCACUGAUCUUUCCCUCUUCCACAUCAACUCUAACAAGUUUUGUGGAACAGUGCCAAAGUCGUUUGAAAAACUAGGUCUUCUUUACGAGCUUGAUAUCAGUAACAAUCAGUUUUCGGGUAAGUUUCCAUUAGUGGUGCUUUCGCUUCCUUCUCUCAAGUUUCUUGAUAUUAGGUUUAACCAGUUUCAAGGGGAUGUUCCUUCCAAAUUGUAUGAUCUUAAGCUCGAUGCCAUUUUCAUCAACAACAACUUGUUUACCUCUAGAUUGCCGGAAAACCUAGGGAAUUCUCCUGUAUCGGUGUUGGUUUUUGCUAAUAACGAUAUCCAAGGUUGUUUGCCGUCGAGUAUAAUGAAGAUGGGUGAAACUUUGAACGAGAUUAUUCUGACGAAUGUGGGUUUAAGUGGGUGUUUAACGCCGGAUAUAGGAUCGUUGAAGAAGUUGACGGUUUUUGAUGUGAGUUAUAAUUCACUUGUCGGAAUGUUGCCGGAGAGUAUAGGAGAUAUGAAGAGCUUGGAGCAGCUAAAUGUGGCUCAUAACAAGUUCUCCGGCAAGAUUCCGUCUAGUAUUUGUUCGUUGCCGAGGUUGGAGAAUUUCACGUACUCGGAUAAUUACUUUUACGGCGAGCCCAAGAUUUGUCUGAAGCUGGCGGACAAAGAUGAUCGGAAAAAUUGUAUUCCGGAUAGGCCAGCACAACGGAAAGUGGAGGAGUGCAAAGCCUUUUAUUCUCGUCCUGUGAAUUGUCGUGGUUGCACGGCUUCUCCUCCUCCUCCGCCACCGCCACCUCCACCACCACCCCCGCCACCACCACCAUCUCCACCUCCACCUACUUAUAAGAAAUGGGUGUCACCACAUGGCCACCACCCAUACACGCCACCAUUGAAAUAUUGA